UUAGGGAAAGAACGCGGAGAGGACGAGAGACGUCGAGCGAGAAACAGAAAGAGGAAGAGAGAGAGAGUUGGAGAGAAAAGGGGAAAAAAGAAGCGGCACUCGGCUUUGCCAGCGGUCGUAUGCGCUCGUCCAACAUUGAUUCGGCUCUGUAUUUUUUUCCCCUGUUCUGUGCUCUGCUCUCCCUGGCCCCCCCAUCUGUGUGUGUGCUGCUGUGUGAGUGUGUGUGAGCCUUGUGCCGGCCCAGGGAUCAGAACAGACACCACCAAUUACGCUUUGCCAAGGAUUUUUUUUUUUACUUUUUAUUUUUUUUAUUUUUUAUUUUUGGAAAGCGCAAAGGACUGUUUACUUUAUCUGUUCCCGUUGUUGAAGUUUUUGCCUCUUCACAAUAUUGACAACAUUUGGAAUUUUUUGGGAAUUUUAUUUUGUGUUUUUUUCUCUCCUCUUUUUGUUAUUUUGUGCUUUUGUCUAAUGAGUUUUUGGCCGGGUUCCUGCUGCGGCAAAACGUGAAUUUUGCCCAUUCCGGGAAAUCUUUUUUUCUCUCUCUUUACUUUGGCCCACUCUUUCUAGUGAGCAGCAUAUUCAGCUAAUUAUUUUUUUUUUUACAAUCCCCAACUUUUUCAUCUGGUAUUUCUUCACACUCUGCCAAACCAACACUUGCUUUACAUUGGGGAGCGCAGGAGGAAACGAAAAAAAAAAAAAAAAAAACUGGUGCAGGAGAUUUUUUUUUUCACUUUAAACGCUGUGCCAAAUUUAUGAUGAGAGUGCAAAAUGGAUGAAUUUCAUCCCUUCAUUGAGGCCCUCCUCCCACAUGUCCGUGCCUUCUCCUACACCUGGUUCAACCUACAGGCUCGCAAGCGCAAAUACUUCAAGAAGCACGAGAAGAGGAUGACCAAGGAUGAAGAGCGUGCGGUGAAGGACGAGCUGUUAGGGGAGAAGCCAGAGAUCAAGCAAAAGUGGGCCUCACGCCUUUUGGCCAAGCUGCGCAAGGACAUCCGGCCUGAGUUCCGUGAGGACUUUGUGCUCACCAUCACGGGGAAGAAGCCCCCCUGCUGCGUGCUGUCCAACCCCGACCAGAAGGGCAAGAUCCGCCGAAUUGACUGCCUGCGCCAGGCCGACAAGGUGUGGCGGCUGGACCUGGUGAUGGUGAUUCUGUUCAAGGGCAGCCCUCUGGAGAGCACGGACGGAGAGCGCCUGGUCAAGUCGCCCCAGUGCUCCAACCACGGCCUGUGUGUCCAGCCACACCACAUCGGAGUCACGGUCAAAGAGCUGGACCUCUACCUGGCCUACUUCGUCCACACACCAGAACAAUCAGGACAAUCAGACAACUCAAACCAGCAAGGAGACAAUGACGUCAAGCCCCCACCAAAUGGCCAUUUGAACCUGAGUUUCCAGGACUGCUUUGUGACUUCAGGAGUGUGGAACGUCGCUGAGCUUGUCCGCGUGUCACAGACCCCAGUUGCUACGGCGACUGGCCCUAACUUCUCCUUAGCCGACCUGGAUAGCCCUGGCUACUACAACAUCAACCAGGUGACCCUAGGACGGCGGUCCAUCACCUCUACCCCCUCCACAAGGACUGAAAUGGAGCUUUAUGCAAGUCUCCCACGGAGCUCCAACAAGCGUAAGUCCAUUGAUGACAGUGAGAUGGAGAGUCCUGUGGAUGAUGUGUUCUACUCGGGCCGGUCCCCCGCAGCAGGCAGCAGCUCUCAGUCCAGCGGGUGGCCUAAUGAUGUGGAUGCAGUGCAGCACCAUUUGGCCAGUGUGCAGGAGAGGAAGAUUAAGCAUGAGAGCGAUGGAGUGCAGUUUCCUUACCAUGGACUCUCAUCGCCUGGUUCUCUUAAGAAGCUGGGGAAAUUCGAUUUCAGCGCCCUGUCCUCCCAGACGAGGUCCCCCCGCAUGGCGUUCACCCACCACCCACUGCCAAUGCUGGCGGGAGUGAGACCAGGGAGUCCCCGGGCUUCAGCCUCCGCUCUGCACUUCCCCUCUCCCUCCAUCAUCCAGCAAUCUAGCCCAUAUUUCACUCACCCGACCAUCCGCUACCACCACCACCCAGGACAGGAUCCCCUGAAGGAAUUUGUGCAGUUUGUCUGUGCUGACGGCUCAGGGCCGGCCGGGGGACAGCCAAACGGGAGUGGCCAGAGCAAAAUGCCAGGCUCCUUCUUGCUGCCUCCACCUCCCCCCGUGGCCCGCCCAGUGCCCCUCCCCAUGCCCGAUUCUAAACCCAACAGCACGCCCCCUGACGGCGGACUCUCCUCGCCCGCAUCUCCGUCAUACUCCACGCCAGGCGCCACAGCUCCCAACAGGUUUGUCGGCAUCGGAUCACGGGACAACAACUUUCUGAACAUCCCGCAGCAGACACAGUCUUGGUUCCUCUGACAAGACCUGUGUCCCAACCAGCAACUAGAAUUCUAUGUUUUCAAUCGGAAAUAGAGAAACGGUAUACACAGAACGAUGUACUGCCCUCCACCUGACCCUCCCAACCCCCAGCGGGUCCUCACAGUACGUCUCACCCCAACCAAGAUCUCACCAAUCAAUCCAGGAAAUUCUUAGAGGAACUCUGGACUCUGGACCCCUUUUCACAGUGUAAAGAUAAAUGGAUGGACUAGGGGAUGCCAGGAUGGAGAAGGGCAUGGGGACAAUGCAGCAGCAGAAGCAGCAGCAGUAGUGGGCAUCUAUCCCGAAAAACCAGCAAACCAGCACAACACAGACGCAACGCGAUGGAAAUGCGGCCAAAAAGCAAAAGACUAUCUGAUGAAUCAGGUUUUCUACAAUAAUAAAUGUUCAAAGCUGCAGUCCAUGCUACUGUGAUCGCACCCGAAUCCAAAAUUGACCAAUGUUUUUUUUUUUUUUUUUUUUCUUAGCUUACCCUUAUAACUACAAACUAACUAGCGAGACCAUGCCAAAACAUAUCUCCAAUAAGGGUUGCACUACGAGUCUGUUAACACUAAUCUAUAAAUGAUGUGCACUAUUUUAAAGUAAGGCAUGGAACCCAAAACAGACUUGCCUGUUUGAAUUGGAAGGUAAAGUUGGCCUUCACUCGUCCUCCCCAAUCAUCAGCUCAUGUGACAUCCCUUUAUUCAGUCAUAUUCGCGUUUUUACUCAGCCAUUUUGCCAUUUGAGGUAGUGUUUUCCGGUGACGGUAUUGUAUUAUAUUUGCUUACACAUACAAUGAGUAUUUAGACAUUGAACAUAGUAUCCCAGGUAUUACAAAUAGAAGCAGCAGCUAUUGGUUCCCCAUAUGCCCUCUUGUAAUGUAAUAUUUUUUUCUUGAUGUGUUUUUUUGAAUUUUAUUCCUUUUAGAUUUGUACUAUUUUGUAAUUUUUUGUAUUUGAAUGACAGCACCUUAUAGAGGAUUGUGGUAAGGAAGUGGGCAUCGAAGACAGGGUUGGAUCUAGACUACACAAAAGAAUUUGCAAAUGAUACAAAAACACAAAACACUGUCGGCCUCUAAGCGGAAGGGGGCGUAAGGAGGUUCGACUCAGGGUUUUGACAAUCACAGGCUCAUCCUAAGUGGGUGAGCACUAGACGCACGAGAGGAGGGAAAGUUGCUAAAGAUGGGACCUAGAGGAAGCGUUGUGUUUACCCUGUUGUUUACACUCCCAGACGGCCGCAUGCUCCAAGAGCACUGCACCACGCUGAGGAGCAAAAUCAAUAUGUGACAUAUCUGGAUACAAGCGCAGAGGGACAAGGGCCUCUAGGCUGUCAGCGGGAUGACCACCCAACGUGCCCCUUUUAGUUGGUUCUCUUUUUAAGGCACAGGCCACUGCAGACUGUGGGCAGGGGAGCUCCAAAACAUGUCCAAAAUACUAUUCCCACUACUUUCCCAAACUGAAACUAAAAAUGUUCUACUGAAAUUUGCACUUUUCUAUUCUAAAAAUCGAAAUUUGACAUAAGCACUACUGAGAUCUUUUGUUUGAACUUGUGAAUUUUGGCCCACAUUUUAUGCUAUGCAUCACUCACUAUUGGCAUCAUGGGCUUAUUGGGCUUAUUUUUUGCAUUUUAUAUUGUAAAAAUCUGUUCUGUAUCCAGAAAAAACAACAAGCAAUUUUAAAUAUUGAGUGCUGUCCCAAUCCACGGUCUGCAGUCCUUUACUUGCACGGCCAGGUUCAAAGUAUCAGUUGCUAUAGUAACUCCCUCCUUUUACACACCAGCACUCCCCCAAUAGAUGUAUCUAAUCCAUGUGAAUCGAUGAGCCCUUAAUGAUACAAAAAUGCACUAAAACAAUCAUGGCAGCCAAGUUUUUUACUUUUGCCAUUUUUUUACACUGACCACAUUUAGCCAUAAAUUUGAAAAUAAUUCAAAAUACUGGGAUGGACACACAUUGACACACAGAGCACAGAGUGACACCGCCUGACUCAAAGGGAAGUCUUAAAUUUAUUUAAAAUUUAGACAAUCUGAGGAGGCCUUUAUGCUUUUAAUAUAUUUAACAGCAUUUUGCCAAUUUUAUAUUUUGUUAUUUCAGAAUCAAAUUCACCCACCUCACAAAAUAACUGGACUGCCUGGCCACGCUCACUGCAGGGAAUUGCACCACAGUUAGAAAGACACAGAGAGGAUGCUAGCGAUGGCGAAAGGGGUUUUGUUUUCUAUUCUAUGGAAGUGCCUCUGUAUUCCCAUUAUGCAAUUUGUCAAACAUGAAUUCAGGUUGUUUUUUCUCACAUAUAAGCUAUAGUGAAUGGUGAAAAAAACAUGUCAGGAGAGGACAAACAGUGACAGCUAACUAGAUAACCGCACGCAUCUUAUAUAUACAUAUAUAUUUAUAGAUAUAUACUUUUUUUUUUAUUUUACAUGAUAAGCUCUGUGGCAGUCUAGUUAUUUUUUGAAGCAUGGCUUAAACCGCAGUCAUAGGAUGCAUCUCAAACUUUUGUGCUGAAAUAAAACCCACAUUAGGGAAUAGGCUAAAAGCCUAUGAAAUCCAUGGCAACAUAAUCAGCAGCUUUUUAAAACUAGUGGCAUUGUAUGGUUCAGGUUUGAAUGGUACAUAUAGAAGUUCGACUAUAACAAAUAUGGUGUGGUUCUAGACGUAUAAUGUCAUGACUGACCCAGUGUAUAUGAAACAGAUUUAACACACCGUGAAACUUAAUUGUACCUGUGUAUUUAUUACAUAAUCUUCCUGUAAAAGGCCCUUAUAGGCCACAUAUAAGAAUUGAGAAUUGCUUAUCAUACAGUAGGUCCAUAUUGUAAAUUAACCAAAAGGCUUGUGUUGUAAUGUUGUCAGUAUUGUGGUCAAAUAUUAUCUUAAGGUGCCAUGGGUGACCAUUCAAAAAUGUUCUCAUUUGCAUCACACUUGUACAGCACUGUGCCAUCCCAACCUGAACCAUAUAGUACCAAGCAAUGAAAACAAGGCUAUAGUCAACAUUGAUCAACAGAAGAGGUAGUUUCUGUGUAUUUUCUUUCUCGAUAAGGUGGGAAGUGUUGUUCUUGAACUAAAUGAUGUUGAUUGAGCCACGUGCAAUGCCUUGGUAGAGGACUUUGUUUGUUAGUGAUUGUUGAGGGUGUCAUGAGAAAAGAGGGGAAACCCUUUGUCUUUUUUUCUUUGCUUAAGUCCCUUUGCCCCAGGACUCUAAAUAUGAGGGGAAAGAUUCAAAAUCCCAAUCCUUGUAAGUACGUACUUUGGGGAAAGUUGUUAUUGAUUUACAUGUUUUUUCUUUUAUUGCUUUUUUAAGAAAACCUUCAUUUGAAUUUUUAAAAAUAUGGGAAGGCUGAAGGAACAAUUUUGCAACUCAUAAAUGUAUAUGAAAACUGGUGCUUUCAAAAGUGUAAAGUACAUUCAAUCUCUAUUAUACAUAAAUAAUACAAAAUAUCAUAAGAGGCAAAUUUUUAGGAACAUGCAUUAUUACUAUUUCUCUUUUUGUAUUUACCGAGGGGGGAGGGGUUCAUGUACGCAAAGGUUGUUGUGACAAAAGGCAUUUUUCUCAUCCAACCUUUACAACAGACAUAAAAAAGGAAGUAAACAUUUAUAGCUCUUCCAUAGUUGACAUCGUUUCAACUAACUAAAUGUAACUUGUACAUUUUCUAUUUGGCAGGCCCUGAGUUUGGUCUGUCAGGCCUUUCCACCUUCAAGUGAACCCCACCCCCUUCUCCCCAUAGCCCCACCCCUCUGUCUGUAACCCCACCCUCCCACUGUAAAUGAUUAUAAAUAUUUGUUUGGUGAUGUAGUGUAAUAGACUCAGAGCAUCUUAAAGGUUGUCCCUAAAAAGUGCCUUUUGUUCACUGGUUCCAUCUUGUAAUCCUGAGUGCCCAUCUCCAAAAGAAAAAGGUCCCCUCCUUCAUACUUCUAUAUCUUUCUCUUCUUCUUCUUGAGGCUUUUUAAAGCAGUAUACAUAGUACUAAAAGAAAUUGGUGUGAUUUAGUUCCUCUUUUUAUUGUUGAAUAAUUACAAAAAGCUGAAAAACGUUAAAAAAUAUAUGUCUUGCUUCUCUUCCUCUGUAUCUGAUCUUCUGUCUCUCUUGGACACUGGAGUAGUCUGUAGCCGCAUAAGCUCCUUUCUUCUUAUUUCUUCUUUCUCUGAACGGCGGGGUUUAAAAACUACAAAAAAAAUGUUGAAAAAAAAUGAAUACGCAAAGAUUUUUUGUCUGAGCAGAAUGCAGUUAGCUCACAUGUUAUUCUUGUCUGUACGCUUCACAUUGUAUUACCAUACCCAUUUUCUUCAGCUUCUCCAUUCAAACAGCUAAUGUAAGUGAACAAGUUACACCAGUGGGCUCUGGGCCGCACUGGGGCUCAGGGGCAGCCUGCCAGGCCAGACACAGACCCCAAACUCACCCAUGUAUUGUCUGGAGGAAGAAACAACUAGUAUUAACAAGAGCUGACAGGAGUGCUAGGCUGUCUAUGCUAACAUGCACAUUGCACAUUACACAUACAGUUAUUUUUAUAACAGAAUCUCCUUUCAGUCAGUCAUCUUUGUGGUUUUGAGUGAGACAAAAGUAAAAACAAAAAGCAACUUAAAAACAGACAUCUAUCUAACAAACUAAUCAGUACAAUCAUGAUAAAUGGCUACGACUUCUUCCACUGGAGUGAUUUGCUGCAGGUCAAAUGUUCCCUCAGAUAGUUGUGUCUAGGACUACAGAUGGAAAGUAGCAUUAUGCUAAAUCUGGUGCAGCCAUCUUUUAAUGUAACUGCGCAUUGUCCUUUAAAUAAAAUAAAGUAAAAGUAAAUAGAGAUCAUUUCAACAUCUCAUGCCUCACAGCAAGAAGGUUUGGUUCGAUCCCCGGGUCGCCCAGGCCUUUCUGUGUGGAGUUUUUCAUGUUUCUCCCCGUGUCUGGAUGGGUUUCCUCCGGGUACUCCGGUUUCCCCCAUCAACCCAAACAUGAACGCCCUUCAAGACAACUGUUGUUGUGAUUUUGGGUGUUACAAAAAUAAAAUGAAUUGAAUUUUAAUAUUAGUAAAUGUGUUUUAUGAAUUGAUGUUAAUUAUACUAAACCCUGUGUAUGCAAAAGUCAGCGACAGUAUUCUCAGCCUGCAGCACCAUAUCAGAAAAAGCCAUAGUAGAAGGUUGCACUAUUCCUUACAAUGACUCUUAUGGAAUUAUACUUUAGUAUAAAUAAAUGUGAUCGGUUACUGUAUUCUCGGUUGCUCCUGUGCAAAUUUUAAAAGCAAUCUAGUCUCAUGUUUACAGCUAUAUUUGAAACAGAAUAGAAUUUGACAUGACAUCAGUAUUUUGUGAUGGAGGUUUAGAGCCGGACAGCCGUGUCUCUCCUGGGUCGACUUUGGUCUGUAAACCCUCCACAUCCUCAGCCAGCCCCCAGAGCCCCUGGUGAAAUGCAUGUGUUAAUACAGUUUCUUUUCCAUAAUAAUAAUAAAAAGCAGUUUAAAAAGAGCAACACCUUUACCUGAUUGAAUAAAAGGAUGUUCUUGACUGUA